GUGUGUGUGAGACCAGCAGGGGGCGGUAAUGCAGCUCUACGUUAGUUUGUCUGCCGACCAGAAGAAGCAGCAGCAGCGCUAGCAUCGUUAGCUUCGCUGUGUGGAGGUGUGUGAGCGGAGUGUGUGAGUGUGUUUCAGCAACAAUGUCUUCAGUUCAGCAUCUGAGAGAGUUUAUCAGCGCGCGACUAACUGCUGCUGCUGAAGAAAUAUUCACAGAGUUUGAAAAAACCAUCGUCCAGUACGAAGAAGAGAUCGAUCGUCAGCGCAGACUGCUGGAUGUCACCUGGAAACCUCACAUCCACCUAAACCCGAUAGAGCUCCCACAGCAUUUUACCCAUGAGGAGGAGGUUGCUCUCACCCACCAAGAGCUCUGUAACCAGGACAGAAGCUCCACCGUGGACCAAGAAGAACCAGAACCUCCACAGAUUAAAGAGGAGCAGGAGGAAAUAUGUACCAGUCCAGAGGAAGAGCAGCUUGUACUGAAGGAGGAAACGGAGAGCUUCAUGAUUGCUGUUACUCAUGAGAACAGGGAGCAGAGUAAACCAGAAACCAGCAGCGAGCAGCUUCUCUUUCAGAUCUCUGCUUUAGAUGAGACUCCAGAAUGUGAAGGAAGCAACCAUGAAGACUCAGAAUCAGCUGCAGAUGGAGAGUCAGAACCAGAAAAUCAGCGUCACAGAGACAGAAGUGAUGAAAGUCACAGCAGUAAUGUGGAAAACUCUGGAACGUCAGGGAGUCUCUGUGCGCCUGGCAUGGCUAAAAAGUCUGUCAGCUGUGAUGUUUGUGGAAAAACUUUUCCACAAAGAUACAAAAUGAUGAGACAUCGUAGAACACACACAGGUGAGAGACCGUUUCCCUGUAAAAUCUGUGGUAAACGUUUCACAACACAUGACAACAUGCUGGUCCACGUUAGAAUCCACACCGGCAUUAAACCAUAUUCCUGUAAGUUAUGUGGAAAAAGUUUCAAUCAGCAUAGCAAUUUGACUACUCAUACCAGAAUCCAUGCAGGUGAGAAGCCUUUUACCUGUAACACCUGUGGAAAAAGUUUUACUUCUAGUAGUUAUUUGACUGUUCAUAUGAGAUCCCACACAGGUGAGAAGCCGUAUUCCUGUAAAAUAUGUGGGAAGUGUUUAUCUGACAGUGGAAGUUUGACUGCACACACGAGAACUCACACAGGUGAGAGGCCCUUUUCUUGUAAAACUUGUGGGAAAUGUUUCUCUCUUAAGCGAACUUUGACUGCCCACAUGAAAACCCACACAGGUGAGAAACCAUAUUCCUGUAACACAUGUGGAAAAAGAUUCUCUGUAAAUCAUAAUUUGAUUGCCCACAUGAGAACUCACACAGGUGAGAAGCCCUAUUCCUGUAAAACAUGUGAGAAAAAUUUCACAAGAAGAGAUGAGUUGUUGGUCCACAUUAGAACCCACACAGGUGAGAAGCCCUAUUCUUGUGAAAUUUGUUGUCGAAGCUUUGCCAGGAGACAUCACCUGACUGCCCACAUGAGAAGCCAUGCAGGUGAAAAGCCCUAUUCUUGUAAAAUCUGCGGGAAAUGUUUCUCUCAGAGUCGUUAUCUUCCUGCCCACAUGAGAACCCACACAGGUGAGAGGCCGUAUUCCUGUAAAAUAUGCUGUAAAAGUUUCACCCAAAGAGGCAAACUGACCAUCCACAAGAAAAGCCACAUGGAUGAGACCCCACUGCCCAACCACAUGCAAGGAAAUGUUUAAAGACAUCAGCUGUGAAAAAGCCCAACUAGACGUUCACAUGAGAGCUGGAGGCCAUCGACGUGUUCUACACUAAACUGUUAUUAUGACAUACUUUUCUAAUAAUUCGGAUUCUUUUUAUCGGCUGCAGGAAAUGAGCCUCAGACCGGUCUCCAGAUGUUUUCCUGUGCUGCUGUUUAAACAGAAAGGUGGAGAAGCAGCUCGUCAGUGUCUGUUAGAAAAGUUGCUCUUCGGUUUUUCUUCCCAGAGUAACUCCACUUUUCCCCUCAGCUGUCGUUUCAUCGAGUUACUCCUGCCUGGUGUGAGGCAGCUGUCAGUUAAGAUUUGUGGGCACAAGUACACAUCUGUGCAUAUUCAUCUAAUAAAAAAAUAGUAAAUUCAAAUUCUUGGAA